AGGCAGUGCAAUAAGCGGAGAGUAGGUGGCGCUGUCGAGGUGCCAGUCAGCUGUGGCGUGCACACAACCACGCAGCUCGGUGAGCCGCGCUGGAGGAGCCCGGUAAACCGACACCUGUCCGCCACAUUCACCGCUUUAUUCCCCCCCGGGUUUGUUUACUGGAGCCACUCACUCGGUCGUCAGCAUGAAGAACAAACCCCCCCAGCAGGUGAAGACAGCGGCUCUGGACCGACGGGACAUGUCGAGCUUCGAGGUGUCUCUCCAGCAACUCAACGACCUGUUAACGGACGGAAACGGUUUUUACAGCUGGCCCACAAAACACUUCCAUGAGGUUUACCCGAGGAUUUACGUCGGCAAUGCGUUUGUGGCGACGAACGUGCUGCGUCUGAAGCGUCUGGGCAUCACCCACAUCCUGAAUGCAGCUGAGGGAAACUCCUUCAUGCAUGUCAACACCAAUGCUGAGUUCUACGCUGGCACAAGCAUCACGUAUCAUGGAAUACCAGCCAGUGACACCGACCACUUCGACAUCAGCAUUUACUUUGAAGAGGCAGCGGACUUUAUCGAGAAGGCGCUGGCAUACAAACAUGGAAAAGGUAGAGUGUACGUUCAUUGCAGGGAAGGGUACAGUCGCUCGCCAACUUUAGUCAUAGCCUACCUAAUGCUUCGCCAAAACAUGGAUGUCCACACUGCUCUGGCCAUGGUGCGGCAGAAAAGAGAAAUCGGACCCAACGACGGCUUCCUUCGGCAACUCUGUCUGCUAAACCAGAGGCUGGCUGCUGAUGGAAAGUUCUGGAACAAGAGAGGCACAUAGACUGUAGGAGAAAACAAAAGAACGCGAAAUUGCACAUCACUGCCACAGAUCUGUGAGGGAAUGUUGAGGUAGUGAGGAGAGUGGAAAUUGAAAAGUUUUUCUUAGACUAAUGCUGACAGCACUGAGAGUAUGUGUAGACGUGUGACACAUAGAUAUAAUAUUUUAAAUUGAAUGCACAUCUUCAAGAGGCACCAUGUGCUGGUCAUACAAUAUAAUGUGUAAAUUCAGGUAAACUGCAUUUACUAAGUGUGUUUAUAUGCUGUGAUUAUAUUCUUAAUAUUACAUUUAUCAUGAAUCAUGUCUAGGUGAAUUGGACAAUCAUAUUUUUAAUGUCCUGUAUAGAUUAGUGUUACUCACUAAUCCAGAGAACAAUAUCCAAAUAUAAAGGGAACGUUAAUGCAUUUUAAACAUCUUCAUCAAAGAAACUGGUCAGAAAUAUAUAUAGUAACUGAUGUGAUACUGUCACUGUCUCUUCUCAUCUGCUGUACAGUAGCCCUCCUUUUUACCCUCCUCUCCAUCUAUCUUCCCCCCUGCUAUCUAUCUGCCUUCCUGGCAUUAUGCCGUUCAUCUUGGCCUAACUCCUGCCAACACUGCCAAAUCUCUCAGUCCCAGCCGUUCCCACAGAGGAUUUCCAAGUAGGCACUGUGAUUUUUCCAUGCUGAAAAGAUUUUCAUCAUGUUAAAAUAUUUUUGUCUAAUGUGUUUAGUAUGUUUUAAAAAACUGUAAAAAUUUUAGAUUACACUCUAAUCUAGAAACCUGCCUCAGACUUGUUUGUCAGGAAUUGUCUUGCUGUCAUUGCACUUUAUAGAAAUUCUACCCUUUUAUAUACACUGCAAGAUAGAUCUUUAAUGAUGCAGUCUGAUGUUAUUGGAACAGUAAAGAGAACAAGGAAUAAUUUGACAUUUUAGAAAAUAUGCUCAUUCACAUUCUUGAUGAGAUACAGUAAGACAAAGAACACUCGCAGUCAGUUAGUCUAGCUUUACUCAAAGACUAGAAACAAAGGGAAACGUGUGGUGUGGCUCUGUGGUAACACAGCUAAAUUGGCUUAGCUUAAUGUAUCAUUUUUACACAUUAAUUUUGUAUAAACAAGAGAUAACAUAACAUAUCAAUUAUUAAGCAUUAGUGGUGUUAGUAGUUGGAUUUUAUAACUUUCAGAGAGACUUAUCUGUUUCUCCCUUUCUCCAGUCUUUGUGCUAGGCUAAGCUAACUGGCUGCUGGCUGUAGCUUCAUAUUUAGAAUACAGUCAGCAGUAAUCAGUCAUUUGAUCUAACUCUUCGCAAGAAAAUGAACAAGUGUAUUUCCCCAAAUGUUGAAUUUGAAUGUCAACUUUGGCAGAUGAUGCGUCUUACGGUUUCUGCAAUAAGCAACUCCUGACAAUGUGCAACCACAACAUUUCCUCAUUCUAUACACACAGGCCUACCUUGUCAGGUUGCUGAAGGUAGAUGAGCUUACACCAAGGGUCCUGUGAGUGGAAGCAGAAGUCUCUGAUUCCAAAUUAAACCCUUCCAUAAUGUGAUAUAUAUAGAUAUUUGCCAGUAAUUUAGUCAUUAUUGGAUAAUUUCUCACCUGACACCUUUUGGAGAUUAGUGUUUUUGUCAGAAUAUUGUAAUUGUACAGCAGCAUGCUUUGUUAUAUGUGUGAGCCAAAGUGUUGUUUACAUUCCGUUGUUAACACACCUAUGUAUCUAUGUAUAAUUAUUGGGUCACUGUGUGCAUUAUUGAAUCUCUGGCUUGUGAAUCAUGUGCAUUACAGAUUAUGAUGUGAAUUAACUGGUCAUGUUGUUAUAGGCCUGUUUCUCAGGGGCAGGGCAGUUUUAGUAGUGAGUAGUAGUUUUAGUAUUAGCAGAUUUUGACACUGCUUAUUUGAAGUGCACUUUAUCUAAUGACACUGGUGAUUGUUAUUGCUGUCUUUUCAUACAAUGGGUAAUAAACCAUGAAAGUGA